AUGGCACGAAUCAACACUAGACCAUCGAAUAUACCAUCCUCACGAUACGGCACAGCGACACCUGUGCCUGAGGGAGGCUCUGACCAAGAGAACCGUGACCCAGCAGGUCAAACACGUGAUAAGGGCAAGCAACGUGCCAUGCCUCCGCCCUCUUCCCACCACCAACGAUCGAGUCUUCCAACGCCGACUUCUGAUGGCAGUGAGUCACGUGGACAGAAGCGGAAACGCGUGACUUUGCCGCCAAGCAGCAUACAAGAUGGUGGGGAGGGUGUGGAGGAGGAGCAUGAUGAUGAUGAGGAGUUUACGAAAUACUUCGAUCCAAAUCAGGAUCCCGAGGUCCGGAGGCAGCUGAAGAAGAAGGCACGAGACUUGGAGCGGGACUUCCAAGAGAACCGCGAAGAGCUUCUGCGCGGAGAUACAGAGGGCUUGCGGAAGACAGUGAAUCGAGCCAAUAACCUGUUCCAGAAAGUGAAGCAGACAACCGAGGCCACCCUCGAUUCGCGACUACUGGUAAAUGUCGUCGAUCUCGCAUACAAGAAGACCACCCAGCUAGCGUUUGGCGACACUUCUACCGGCAUUGAUGUUGACGAGUUCUUGUCCAAAUGCAUUACAUACAUGCGCAACGGUGGUCCCGCAAAUAGAGAAGAGAACGGGGCUGCUAGUGGCUCGCGUCGUCAAUCCGGUCGCCGACACGCCGAAAGUGACGAUGAAGACGAUGAUGCCGGCGGCGAAGUCCUUGACUGGGAAGUUCUUGGACGAACGGCUUGCUUUCCGUUCAACUCACGGCCACCAGUACCAUCGUUCUUGCUUGGUCCUCUGUCUGUCGAGAAGAAACAGAGAACGCAAAUGCAACGGCGAGCACGACUGCAGAAGGACACAGCCGGACGAGAAGCCAGACCGGAAGCACUAACGCGCGAGGAUCUUCAACAGUCGGACGAGAACGGGUUGACUGCGAUUUGCACUCGAAUACGGAAGCAUCUAGCCAAACAUCAAAAUGAGGCAGAACGAGGCUUGACAAACGAUGGCUACGAUCCAGCGGAUGAGGAGCGCAGCAGAGCAUUACUGAAGAAGCACCGCCUAGCCAGCAAUGGUUGUGUGCCUCUGUUCGACUACGUGCUCAAUCCACGAUCUUUUGGACAGAGUGUGGAGAACUUGUUCUACAUCAGCUUUCUGAUCAAGGAGGGUAGUGUGGGCGUGGACGAAGAUGACACCGGAAUGCCUACUCUAGUAAUCUCCAACCCAACAUCGCUGGAAGAGCAACGCACGAAAAAGACCAGUAGACGACAGGCUGUGUUUUCCAUCGAUUACGGGACCUGGCAGCAGCUCAUCGAGGCUUUCGAUAUUGGAGAGCCUAUGAUACCGCAUCGACAGGAUGAACAGCAGGCCCAGGUUGGCGAGCGCGGGUGGUAUACUUAG